AUGGCAUGUCAUGACCAAUUGUUGGCAGUACUAGAUCAUUCUGUUCAUUCUGCUAAAUGGUCGAUUGCAGGAAACAUCAUGGCAGCCUCAAUAAAGAUUAAAAAAACGUUGAUGAAGUCUGUAAAGUCAUCAAUUGCAAAAAAGCCGGAUUCGCCUGCUGACAACUUGUCACCUACUCAAUACGAUGAAGUGGAGAAAGAUGACGAAGAAAAGCAAGAAGAUGAGAAGAAGGCAUUGGAGGAAGAACGUGAGAGGGAAUUUGCACAGGCUAAGAAGGACUGCGAGAAAGCGCGUGCGAUGGAACGUGAGUACACACUCUUCGAGAAGACAGCUGCUCCAACUCGUCCGGCGUUGGUCGUAGAACCUCCCUUGAACAUUACUUGUCAUGGAAAGCCAAUAAAUGCUUCAGUUGUUAGAAGAUCUGGUGACUCACGCGUAGAAAGUAUGCCGAUGAACAGUAUUUCACAGCAGACUACUCUUUUCUUCGUAGGAAUCGAUAAAAGCCCAAACAGAGAUCUGUCAUUAGUCGUUGACAGCAAUGCUGGUGCUCAAAGUUGA